CUGUCCACAUUACAGCACAUUUUUUAAAAAAACAUCUGAAUAAGCCUAUAGUAGUGUGUAGGACAUGUAUGCCUGGACACACAGAAGGUAUACAUUAAGGUGAGAGUGAUUAAAUCCUGAAACCGGGACAACCGAGGUGAGAAGCGCACAAGAGAUAUUAGGACGCCGACAGGAAUGUGUCUGAGAAGACACGUGCCAGCAAGGAGGCUGGAAGUAUUUCUGGGGAAAUGCCUGCUGCCAGAAGAGAAGGAAGUUUUUGCUCCUCCUAUGUAAUGCACUGAGGAGAGAAGAGGAGGAAAAUAAGUGGCGUCUAUCCCAAGGAGGAGGGGAGCCAGUUGCCACACAAUCACAUCUAGACAGGCGUGCGCAUCCCAAAUACUCACUGUUUGUGGUGCGGCAGGUGCUUAUCUUUCCUGCCGGCCGCCGCAGGGUGCUUGGCGCGGCGCCUCCGGGCCUGCAGAGCCAGCACUGUUGUGUGUGGGAGAGAAAAGCGAGUUGUUAGAGCAAGGCUGGGGCCGGGGCGCAACGCCUCAGGCUCAAGAAGAAAGGGCGGGGGGGAGGGGGGGACUCCACUCAAACCCCCGGAGCCCGCACAUUCUUCUGGGACAAGGACCGACCGACCAGCCAACGGUACCUUUCCGGGAGCUCAUGGCUCUGGCCACCCUCCUUGGCCCAGCGCGCUGAGCCCCACACCCCUCCUCCUCCUCCUCCCUCCUCCUCGCCGGCUGCGAGAGGAAACACCGGGCACCACCAACCAAGAAGCAGCAGCCCCGCUACCAGCUGGACAUGCGCAGUUCUUCCCACUCUGGCUAGAGGCUGGCGGCACUGAAGGGGGAGAGGCGGUCACCAGGCAACCAGAAGGCGAAGAUGGCAGGAGGUGCCCCUCCGAGGGAGCUCAAACUUUUGCUUUUUGCGUUGCUGAAUUUAACUAACAACGCUUCUGCUUGCCUGCGGUCUUUCAUCCCGAAAGUUAAUCCUUGUAAAAUCCGGGAAUUGUGUUGGAAUCAUUGACUGCGACGCCUGACACAGAACUUGGAGGUUCUUUUGGGAACAGCUGGACAAACCUCUCUCAUCUGGGAUUGUUUGUGAGGAUUUCACUCCCUCAUUUCUCCCUGCAAGAACCCUGAAAUCCAGGGAGUGUUUCAGUUUUUCUUUUGGGGAGCUCUGAAAACCCAGAUAUAGGGAGAGAAUUUGCUGCACUUGCAAGCCACACUUCUCUGCAGCUGCCAGGAUCCUGGCCUCUGGAUGGAGCUCACAUCUGAGCCCACAAUAUGUUUUGUUUGUUAGCACCCGUUUGUGCUUUUUUCUUGUUAAAUCUGUUGAGUUUGUUUUGUGUUGGAGACUUGUCUCCUUAGUAUUUGUGAAAUAAAUCCUUGAAUUAACUCCCUUCACUUCCUGACUUCUCUAAGAAAUAUGGCUUUAGGUUUUUAUUGUAUACUCCUAUUGUUUAAAAAAAAAUUAAAGAGAGCGAUGAACAGGUUCCUUUGGAUUUUUUCAAAUGAUUCAUCUGACUUCAGGUCUACUUGAUUCUAAAGUGGACAAUAUUACGGUGGUCAUUGUAUGAAACGAGUCUUGUUUCUGGGGAUCAGGGCCCAAACCCAGUGCCUUCAGUGUCUGCCCCAUAGACCCAGCUGGCUCCUCUCCCUCUGCAAUUCUAGUUAUUUUAUGAGGAAAACGUGUCAUCCACUUUCCUUUCAGAGAAGGCUCGAAGGGGAUGGCAAAGCAAUGAAAAAUCACCAGUUCUUACAAGGCCAAAUGUGUCAAAAAUACCACAAUGCACACAGACAGUGCUUAGACCUCCCAGGAGGGUGUGGAGAAUUCAGUUUGGAUUGGUGGCUAAUCCAUCAUUGAUAUCGGUCAGAGUUCCCUUCAGAGUAAGUUAGAAGAGUCAUGGUUUGAUCGGGAGGGCAGGCCAAGUCAGGGAGGGGGAUGUCUGUCUGCUCACCUGCCACUCGCUCCAAGGAGGAGGUCAUCAGUCAGAAAUUGUCAUGACCUGGAUCGGGGGAACUCCCCUAUUGGGGGAAGAGUUGGAGAGUCCCACAACAGGACCACCAGAGCCAUAAGCCCGCACCACGAACCAAGGAUGCAGCCCUCCCUUCACCCUUUGACUUGGGGGGUUCCCCAGAAGAUUAGUCAGCCCUAUUAGAGGUCCCCAGCCCCACCAGAACCAGCACUGAGAAAACUGGGCAAGGUCCUCAACCUUUUGCCCUUGGAGCUGUCCAAUGGAUGUGUCUUUCCUGAAUCCCUGCCAUGCCGGAGACCUGGACUCAGCAAGAACAAGAGGGAAAUUCCCUCCAGAGAUGCAAAAGGAUUGGGGCCCGAGGGGACAUUUUCACCAAUAAGCCAGGAGAGAGUUUGUGUCAGUAGGGUAUAAAGGGGAGGCCAGGGAGAUAGUGGAGGUUGCAAAGGUGAGAGCCCAGAACAGAGAAGAUCAAACCCACCCAGUGGAGAAAAGAGGAGAACUUCUGGAGAAGCAGAUAUGGGGCUGAUAUCACUCAAAGGGGGUCGAGCAGCCAAGAGAGCAGCUGUGGAAGAGAUUCUUCUGGGCCCAAAAGCAAAUUAAAUACUCACAUCUCUAUCACCAAUGUAUUCUUCUUAUUGGAUGCCCGGAAAGUGGUUUAUGCCCAAGGGGAUAUUUUUACUAAUAAGCCAGGAGAGGGUUUGGGGCAGUGGGGUAAAAAGGGGGGCCAGGGAGAUAGUGGAGGUUGUAGGGGAGAGAGAACAGAACAGAGAAGAUCUGUGCAGCCUAACCUACAUCACAGGGUUGUUGUGAGGAGAAACUUAAGUAUGCAGUACAACGCUCUGGGCUCCUUGGAGGAAGAGCAGGAUAUACAUAUUAAAAGAAAGAAAGAAAGAAAGAAAGAAAGAAAGAAAGAAAGAAAGAAAGAAAGAAAGAAAUGCAAGGCCUGGUUCCCUGAAUGGAACAGCAUUAUGAGAAUUGAAAAGUGUGUACCUAGCUUCUAAAAAUGAAACCUACAUCUAUCUCUAAAUAUAGCAAGAAUGUACUCCUAUAGAAAUAGUUGAUUAAAUGGAAUCUUCACGACUAGUAAUUUAAAUUGUGAUUUGAAUCUUUAAAAUUCAGACCUCCUGUGAAGCUAUUUAAAUCGUGAUUCAAAUCAAUUUGGUUAAAAUCAAAAUGGCCCUGGGUGCAGGCACGGGUUGAGGGGCCUCCCACGUUUCUUUUGAUUUCCAUCGGAAAUGAAGGGAUGAUCAUUGGUGAUAUGCAGUUUCAAAACAAUGCAAUCCAAUACAUUUGGAGAUUACGACCGAAUGAAUGAUAAUGAUGUUAUACGUAAUGAGGUGAUAGAUCACAUUUUGUUUCCUUGGAUUCUUCUCAGUCUUCUAAUGGGUUAUGUAAUGUCAACUAGCAGAAAAUCCCAUCAGAAGAAGAUGAAUUAACAAUGUGGGACAGAUGAACAAUUAACAGUGCAAUUAACAAUGAAGAUGAACACUCAAGAAGUUACAAUGCCUCACCUUUUGAAGCAGGUCUUUUCCUAAGGCUGGUGGGUUACAUCACGCAGCAUUUCAUUUCCAGUUGUUGUAUGUGGUUGCAGCUGGAUACGGAGGCCACGGUCAUGAUUGGCAGCUUCAAUCACGGGGACGCUCUGUUCGGGCCUACUGAGAAUCCACAGAAUUCUUGAACAUUGGACCACAUUGUAAAUAAUUCCACUACUUUACAACUUUGCAAAAAACUGCCUUGAAAUGUUUGUAUGAGCAGGUAUAUAAAUGAAAACAAACAUAACAGCUUUGUCCAAACAAUGCUAAGGAACACAUAUCCGUAAUGCACGUUUGCAAAGCAAGAGUAAAUGUAUCCUUCUAAUGUGGCCUAACAAUACUUUUGGCAAUUCUUCAUGCUCAAAAGAUCCAUAAUUCUUCAGACAAAGAUGAAGUCUAUAUUUGGGGGAUAUAACCUAAAGGGACACGAACCUCUUUAAUAACCAAUGGUCGCAGUACAGUACUAUUAACAAUCUUUGGAAUUUCUGACCAAAUGGACAUAACAACACGGCAGACCCAAACCAUUCACAAAAGUGUCCCCACCUCUAACUUGCAUCUCCAGCAUUUGGGGGUCUGCAUCCCAUCUGCCCGCAACAUUCUCUGCACUGAGUCAUAAGUACAAGAGAAAAACUUCUGGGGGAGCUGAGCUUUCCUUCACGCCCUCACAGCUCUUUGUGGGGGUCCCUGGUCUGCUCCUCCGCCUUCCACCAGGACAUCAUCUUCCAUCAUCACAUUCCGCUUCCGACAUUCUUCUGAUCCCCUCCCCACUAGCUGCAGGUUGCCAUAGGGACCGCAAUAAACAAUUAUGCAUCAUCGUGCUUCAGUUGCCCACUCCCUAACCGACUCACCAGCGGUUAAGGAGUAUGGACACCAGGCUCCUCUCACUGGAGAGAUUGCCUGGUCUUCUUCUUCUUGUCCAGUUGUGUUGUUAGGACCUUGGCUGUCAUCAUGGCAGGUAGGAAAUGGUGCCAUCCAGGAGGACUCAUUGGUGAUUCAUUUUGUUUCCUGUGUCUCCGAAGGGGUCCUAUUGGUGUCACAGUUUCCUUGCUUUCCUCUCUCUUACUUUCUAUCACAUCUUCCCUUUCAGGCUUGUUCUACCUUAUGUCCAACGAGGCCAUUCCUUUCCUUAGCAUUUUUAUUAAGUUCAUUCUUACCUCUAAGGGCCUAGCCUCUCUGCACUGUCCCUCUCAGUGACCUUUGCCUCCCCUUCCCUCCCUGUUGUGCAUGGUCACCCCUACUGGCAACAUUGAGACUGUAAUUUCCUUGGGGCAGGGAACCCUCUCUUGCCUGGGCCACUUUGUAAGAGGCCUUUGACGAUUCCAGGUAAGAAUGAACUCAAGCAAUAAAGAGGAGGGGAGUGCUCUGCUCACUGAGCAAAGAGGCACCUUUUAAAAGUGGAGAUUCUCUUUAUUGAGCGGGGGACAGCAAUUGGCCUUAUCUAACCCCAGCAUAGCCUCCUUCCAGUGGCUGUUGCUGGGGUCUAUCUUAUGUUUAUUUUUAGACUGGGACUGCCCUUUUUAGAUUGGGAGAGCUAUUGCCAUUAUUUUUAUUUCUCUAUGUAAACCACUUUGAGAAAUUGGGUGAGAAGCGAUAUAUAAAUAUUUGUAGUAAUGGUAGUAGUGCCAGUAGUCCAUGGCAGCUGCACACAGACCCUCCGUCCUGGCUGGCCACAGCCGGUGGGGGAGGGGUCUAUUCUCUUGAAGGGAUGAGGAGGCAAGAUUGGAUGGGAAAGUGAUUCUCAGGGGACGGGAAGCAGUCAGUCCAAUCAGAAGCACCGGGGUUCUGGGGGAGGAGAGAACAGUAGGAAGCCCCACAGGACCAACAGCUAGGUAGCUGGAGGGCAGCCCCACUGCUCUGAGGAGGGGGAUGCAUUGAAGACUUCCAUGGUCCAUCCCAACUAAAAGGUUAAGCCUGCCAAGGUCAAUCCAUCCCAACUAAUGAUGGAUAUCAGGGUGCCCCCUUCUGUUUUAUUACAGACGAGUCGACUGAAAAGAGGCCAUCUGCUGGCUCAGCCUUUACGACCGCGAGCUCUGCAGGGGAAGGAGGAGGUUCGCCCAGCAGCUUCCUCGACACACCGGCGGCUACCAUUGGCUCCACCUCCAUGUGGUCAUCUGUCUCUGACCUCUCCCUUCAGUCCAUCGAAGGGAGGGACUGCAGGGACCACAGCUAUCUGGCAGAGGGAGAUCUUGGGAAGCCGCAGCAGGUGCCAGCGAGCACCAGUGGCCUGGCUCGCUGGCAGCAUUCCCCUACCAUCUCCCCGACCCCUUCUUUCGGCCGCUAGCCCCCAACCUAUCUUCCUGGGAUCCCUGAUGCUCCCCAGGGAGGAAGAAGAUCAGGAAGCAUUCCUCGGCUCUUUGCCAAGAGGGUUAACAAUUCUCCCCAUAGACAGCUCUCCCACCACUGCCCCUCAUCCCUCUAGCCAUGGGGCUGCAAUCUGUCCCACGCCACACAGGGGGGACACCUUUCCAGGCCUGGCCUUAGGAAUAGAGCAUCUGAAACAUAGCCCAGAGUUUUCAGAACUGUGCAAGAGUUGAUCACCGGAUGAUUCAAUGACUGCCCUGUUGUGGAAUAUUUGAAAGCUGUCUUUGGAUGAGAAUUCCUCCUACCCCCGCCCCCAUCCGUGACUGCUAGAGCCCCCUAAGGAGUCAGACCUAACAGAUCCUGACCCAUCCCCUGCUCAUCCUCCAUCCUUCUCCUUUAGUCUUGAUUCCUGCCACUGGGCAGCCAUAUGGGCCCAGCCACCAGCCACUGGCCAUCCCAGCAAGGUCAAGGCAUCAGUGCCAGUGCUGUCCCUCAGCUGGGUGAACUCCUCACUGUCCAGCCGGUUCAAUUAGAACGAAGGAUGAAGACUCGAGAGUUGGGAGCUAUCAGAGCAGGGACUCAGAAGCGCCACCCACCAUCUCCCCCAGAGCUGCAGGGUCGAGGAAAGGCCAAGAGAGAAACCGCCCAGCCCACUGGGGAGAUUCAGCUGCCCCCCAAGUGCCCUCCAAUGCAAAAUAAAUUCCUUGUUCCCAAGCAGCAAUUUCUUCCUGAAUGCCUCUUCCCGCCUCGUCCACCAGAGCAAACCAAAGACAUUUCUUCUGGGAAAGUGCUCUCCAAGGGAACGGCGUCCCGCUUGGUAGCCCCAGGAGACAAAGACACCAAAUGUGCCAAGCCAAGGGUGCUACUCUUUGACUUUUUGCCCCCCAUCACCUCGGUGCCCAAACAACUAAAGACAACCAAAAAGGCAAAGGCCGGCUCAGAUGGGGAGGAGGUGGGCGGGAAACUCCCUGUGGAGAGAAAUGGAAAGAGGGCAAGGGCAGCAGGGGCAGAUAACGUGCCAGCACCCAAGCUGCCACGGGGAAGCCCAAAGGCUGAGGGGAAGGAGAGAUCUGGAGAGAUGGCCACAGCAGCCCUGGUCCAACAAAAAGGGAGAACCUCGCAGAAGAUCCCCACUUGCCAUCUAGAGCUGGCCGUUCAACCCCAUCAGCCGAGGACACCAGCAGGUACCAUGCCAGGCCACAAGCUGUUGGAAAUGCCUCAGGUCCUGCCGGGAAGGGGCAAAGCACAGCUGCAACUACCUGAAGCCGAAGCUGGGGACACAAAGAGGCAGAAAGUGGGGGCAGAGUCCAGUGGAACCGCCCAGGAGGAAGGGCCGGCUGUGCCCCCAACUCCAAGGAGCAGCCUGGCCAGAAUGAUGCGGGACUCCGUGCAGGUGUUCCAUGCCCUGGGUUCCCCAGAAAAAUCCAAGUGUGCAGAGAGACAUCCUGGGCAGAACGUGGCUGGAAAAAACCCAUCCAUGUCCUUGGGAAGGCCGCCAUGGGGAAAUGGCAUUGUUCAGAAACAACAAAACCCAGUACCCCAUGGGUUAGCAACUCAUGGAGGUGGUUGGCAGCCUCCAUCCGGGCCACCCCAGCACCCCCCAAGUGCAGUUAUGGGGCUGCUGAAACCUCCAUUCUUCCCUAUGGAGAAAAACCUUAAAGCCACUUGUGGGGUGCUGGGGUGGCCCAGAGUGAGUGGUGGUCUAGUGCAAAGAGGGUGCCAACCACCCCCAUGGGUUGCUAACCCAUGGGGUACUGGGUUUUGUUGUUUCGGAAGUGUUCUGAGUGUAGAUUCUUUGGUAGCAUAUAAGAUUUUCAAUGACAAACCAUGAAUCCACUCUCAUUGCUAACCUUAAAGACACAUAAACUUCAAAAAUUACUUAAAAAUCAGCCCUUUGCCCAAUUCCUUUCAAAUAAUUCUGAUAGCUACCUGGGCCCCCCUUGGACACUACCACCCACCACACUCUGCUCUAGGCCACCCCUUUGCCCCCGGCGUGAAGCUAUACAUUUGCUGACACCUCCAUGCUUCUUUAUGGAGAAAAACCUUAAAGACGCGUAAACUAAAGUGUCCCCACCUCUAAUUUGCAUCUCCAGCAUUUGGGGCCGGACUGCUCACCCAACACCAUAGACCCAGUGUGUUUUUUAUUUAGCAGUAACAAACAAGCAUGCACUUAAAGUCAUUUAUAAUUUGACCCUCAAGUGUGCUCAACAAUGGGUAUUGCUGCUGUUUCUUUUGUGGGGGCUUUGUUUGUUUGUUUGUUUGUUUGAUUGUUUGUUUGUUUGUUAUGACUGUCAGCCCUUUUGGCACAGAAAUUCAUUUUCUUAUACCUUUUUGUCAUGUCAACCGCUUUGAGAUUUUUGUUGUUGAAAAGUGGUAUAUAUGUAUUUACCCAAAUAGACUCUUCAUUUAAGAUGACUCCCUUAAAAAUUUUAAAAAAUUAAGAUGACCCCCUUAAAAACAUUACCCCUUUAAAAUAUGGAGGUGAAAUACAGGUUAUACCUGUAUUUACCACAAAAGGAAGAGAACUCUGAAUUUAAGACAACCACUCAAUUUCUAAUAUCAAAUAACUUAAAAAACAACAACCUAGAACAUCUUCUCACGAGCAGUGAGAAGGGCUCCAGAGCAGGCUGCAGGGAAGGCGAGUUAGACUUACCUUCCCCGCAGAUGUCUGCUCCUCCUGCGCUGGGCACACUCCCCAUGAGCCCAGAUGAUUCCCUGCGAGCCCAGGCAGUGGGGAGGGUUGGGGGCCGGGACGUGUCAUCUUGGAGCCUGGAAAUGCCAUGAUUCAGAUGCACUGCACAAGUGCACAGUGCAUCAUGGGGAUCCUCCCUCCUCUCCCCAGGCUUCCCGCAGUCUGGCAACCAUGGAUGCAAGCAGCCGCAGCUGCAAGACGAUUAAGAAAACAGGGUUAAAGGAGCGCUCGCUCCCUUAACCUCGUUUUAAAGGGUGGCUAGCUAAUGGCGCAGCGGGGAAAUGACUUGACCAGCAAGCCAGAGGUUGCCAGUUCAAAUUCCGGCUGGUAUGUUUCCUAGACUAUGGGAAACACCGCUAUUGGGCCGCAGCAAUAUAGGAAGAUGCUGAAAGGCAUCAUCUCAUACUGCAUGGGAGAUGGCAAUGGUAAACCCCUCCUGUAUUCUACCAAAGACAACCACAGGGCUCCGCGGUUGCCAGGAAUCGACACUGACUCGACAGCACACUUUACCUUUACUAGUUAGGUGGGUUUGCCACCGUGAUGUCACCAGGAUCGGCCUGAUACCGGCGGUUUACACAUGCUUGCAGAACUGGGCUAGGCUCCCUGAGCUUGCUUUUGCAUGCACGUGUGAAUAGCCUCUUAGUCUUGUAUUUAGGUAAAUACGAUAAAUGGUUUUAACACUACCACAACCUUAUGUUGGGUUGUGGCUAUUUACUGUAGAAUAUUUUCCUCAUUAAACGUGCUAGCUGAACAUAUUUUAAGACUUAGUUAGGCUUCCCAUAACUGUGUUGACAUAGAUAAUUUUUUCCAAAAAGUCAACAUGAUGUGCUCCAUACAUUCUGCCUUUCCUGAAACAUCCAGCUAUACUGCCAAACAAGCAGCUCUUGAAACUUGGAGGGGGAGGACUUCAGAAUGAGCAGCAGCUCCUUGUAUUAUGUUACAAGCCAAGAACAGAGAGAGAGAGAGACCCCAGUGUACAAACAGACAUUCCUGUGCAAACCUAGAGGGGCUGUUUGGAUCAUGGCCACAGGAUUUACUUAGACAAGAAGUACAAAGAAGAGUUUCCUCAGCUAAGGAGAAUCCUAAUUAGCAUGCAUGUCCAAUACUCUCCUCUUCUACAGUCUCCCUUUCCUUCAUUUACCAUGCCCAUUCGAUGUAUGAGUAGAAAAGGAAUCCUAUAUGCACAGUUUACAUAGUUUGUACUUUUCAUUUCAACAGGCUAGCUGUAUGCCUGCAGCUACUUUAUGUGAAUGUGCUUUUAACAAUUCAUACAACAAAUCUGGUGAAAGGGUAUAUUUAAGAUGAUAACAAUCAUAUUUAUGUCUGGCAUUAAGAUAAGAGGAUUUGUUCCCCCAUGGCACAAGUAUGACUUUAGCUAACCUAUCACAUCCGAUUUGAAAAAAUAAAUAAACUGAAGCGUUGUCAUUCAUGGGAUCACAAAAUAUAGAUUACACAGAUGUGGCAAUAAGUGCUGGCAAGAUCCGAGGUAAAAUAAUAAUUUUUAAAAAACCAAAUAAAAUAACUUGUAGUAGUGUCUUGCUGGUGAAAUAUCUGCUGUAAUUGUACAGAUGCCACUGAAGCUUUUAUAUUACAGAAAGCAAUGUCUUUCUACUAUUUUUACUUUCACCACUACCGCUUACCAAAUUAUGUACUGUCAUGAAUUUACUUUGCUACAGGCAUUUUAUACACACUUUGUAAACAUUAAUUAAUCCUCAGAUCAUUUCUGAGUAAUUGGCAACAUGUUUCAUUUUCCAUAUAUUUCCCUGCUAACUGGGCAAAGAGACACCUUUUACUGUGUUGAUUCUCUUUAUUUAGCAGGGGGAGAGUAACCGGCCCUAUCCACCCCUAGCACAGUACUUCCAGUGGCUGUUGCUGGUGUCUAUCUGAUGUUUCUUUUUAGAAUGUGAGCCCUUUGGGGACAGGGAGCCAUCUUAUUUGUUUGUUAUUUCUCUUUGUAAACCGCCCUGAGCCAGUUUUGGAAGGGCGGUCUAGAAAUCAAAUCAAAUAAAUAAAUAAAUAAAUAAAUAAAUAAAUAAUAUAUUGUUCCUGCCCAUCCUGCAAAGAUGGGCAGGAACACAAUCCUCAAACGUUCCCCCCUUCAGGGUCUCAGCCAGAAUGCAAAGCCCUUUGCUUUCUAAAAUGAAAUAACAUGCUACUCUUGCUAUUCCAACAGUUCGUUAUGUAUUUGAAUAUCGGACAAUUGAUUUUAUUACCAUUCUUUCUGUCUUCUGUUACAAGGGGUAUCCAGAGGUGCACCUAGGUAAUUUUGGAGCCUAGAUCUAAAAGCCUUUAGACCCCGCCCCUGCAAAUUAAGCAUCAUCUUCUCCCCAACACACACACAUACACACACACACACACACACACACACACACACACCAUGUCAUGUAUUUUUAAUACAUGGGUUCUUGAGGGCACCAAUAGCAAUUGAACUGUAACAAGGGGUAUCCAGAGGUGCAACUAGGUAAUUUUGGAGCCUAGACCUAAAAGCCUUUAGAGCCCCCCACCACAAGUUAAGCAUCAUCUGCCUGCACACACACACACCGUGGCGCAUACAGAAUUUUUAAUACAUGGGUUCUUGAGGACACCAAUAGCAACUGAACUCACAAGAAUGUAAGAAUAUAAAACAGGUAUAUUUACACAAAUUUGCAUUCGUAGAAACAUUCCAAUAUGCAACUUAACAUAUUCCCUUCCCAUAUAUUACUUUCCCCACUCCCCCCUCUGUCUCUAAAGCAGAGGCCAUACUCAGCAACCCAGUGCAGGUCACAGUCACGCUCUGCUGCCUGGCACAGUGCAGGCCAGAGUGGCGGUGCAGUGCGGUGUGGUGACCACAUCACCAGGGCAGACUAAAGAGGAUUUGGGGGACCCCAGGGGGUUUGGAGGCCCUGGACUUCAGCUUAGAAGUCCCGGGGGAAGAACGCCUCUGGGCGUACCCUCUACCCUUUGUGACUGACAGUCUUUCCAGACUGCUUGUCUGGAUGAAUAGCCACACAAGGUUCAAGUUGUGUAGGUUCGAGUUGUGUUACUAUCCUUGUAAAAGGAUCACCAACAUUAUUGUAUCUAUCUAAGUGGGAUGUGUGUGGCCAUUGGGGUGGGCGUGGCUAUGGGACAUGGCUUUGGGGUAGGUGUAGCUAAGGGGGCUAUAAUGGAGAGCUCCUGCACUUGUGCUUACACCACUGGAUAGAAAGCAAACGUAAACUGAAAGUUUGUUCAAGUUGUUCAAAUUUACAUUGAACGAUGUGGGAAUGCAGAUGUGUUUAACGGGAAAAUAUUUUGAAGUGCUAGAAGACUAUAUUCCGAGAGACUAUACUCUCAGGAGCCUAGGAUGAAAUCCCUUGAAUAAAAGGGAGGAGAGUCUGAGGAAGCGUAUUUACUCCAUAGUUUAGGUCAGAUUAUCAUCAACAGUCAUGCUCAGUAUGACUGAGUGUGAUGCCCGUAGAUCAAUUAACAAACAUGGAACAGAGGCAUCUUAUUCGGUGGGCUGGGCCACCAUAAUUGGCUACAAGUAGAAAUUCAAUAUGAAAAUAUUCAAAUCACAACUAUACCCAAGAUGUUUAGGCACUGAAAGGUCCCUCCUUGUCAGGAAACCUAGAUUUAUAAACACUGCAGUGACCUGAAACUUGAUAAUAAUUGGCCUGGCUUCUAAGUAAAGCACUCACCCAAUAUCUUCUGUUAGUUUAAGGCCUGGUUCACACAGAUGUUUGAAUCUAGGCUUAAUAUGCUCCAUCAACUUUAGUGUGAUUGUGUGAACCCAUGCCAAGGUGGGAAAUCUCAGAUUCAUCUUGGCCAUACACCAGCUUGGUAUUGGUUUACAUGUUGAUAACUCACAUUAAAUCUAGAUUUGAACAGUUGCUCCUCCUAUGUGUAAGGAUUGUAAGUUGCUCCUUACACACGGGAGCAAUCUACAAGCCAGAUUCUAUGAAUGUUGACUUGGAAAUGAACCCCACAAGUGUACUCCCAAGUAAAUGUGCAUAGGAUUAGUACUUUAAGCAUGUAUUUAACUUUUCUGUUUAAAUGUGCUUCACUUUGUCUGUAUCAUGCCUUUUAUGAUGGAAAUCAGUAAACCAGUCGUUUACUUAUUUUAUUAUUUUAUUUAUUCGAUUUCUAUACCGCCCUUCCAAAAAUGGCUCAGGGAGGUUAACA